AUGGGGAUCGGAGGAAUAGGCGGCGGGAGCACUAAACGGCGCGUAGAAAUCCCUUCUUACCGGAUCCAAUCGCCGCCGCAAUUCUCCAUCACACUUUACAGAGCUGUAUUGCUAGGGGCGUCGAUUGGCCUAAUGUACAUCGUACUCGGCCAAUCCCAGUAUUCCCCUCUGCAGUCUCCAAUAUCGACAGAAACUCCAGAGAGGGAAAGCGAGUCAUCUUCGUUUCACAUCUUCAAAUCUGAAGAUAAACCGGAGAAGGAGCUGGAUUUCAUACUAAAGAAGGCGGCGAUGAAGGAUCGGAAAACUGUGAUCAUAACUACGGUGAAUGUGGCAUGGACGAAGCCAUCUUCCAUAUUCGAUUUAUUUUUGGAGAGUUUGAAAAUUGGUAAUGAGACUCAAAAAUAUCUGGAGAAUCUGGUGGUGGUGGCUCUUGAUCCAGAGGCCUAUAAUCGUUGCGUGAGACUUCACCCGUAUUGUUAUUCCCUAACGACGGAGGGCGGUGACUUUUCCGGCGAGAAGAAGUUCAUGAGCGAAGAUUAUGUGAAGAUGAUGUGGAGACGAAUUGAUUUCCUCCGUUCUAUUCUCAAGUUGGGCUACAACUUCAUAUUUUCGGAUGCUGAUGUAACAUGGUUGAGGGAUCCAUUCUCAAGAUUGUACGAAGAUAGCGACAUUCAAUUUUCGACCGAUUUAUACCUAUUCAAUUCGAGUAGGAGCCGGCCCAACCUCCCAAACGCGGGGUGGUUCUACGUUGAGUCCAACCCUCGAACCAUUCAGUUUUACAAAUAUUGGUAUUCCAAAAGGCUGAAUUUCCCCGGAGUAAAUGAGCAAGAUGUGUUGAGAAAGAUCAUAUUUGACGGCUCCUUUAGUAACGAGACAGGAGUGGAUAUCCGGCUCUUGGACAUGGCCUACUUUGGCGGGUGGUGCGAGGCCGAUCAAGACCUAGAUGUGGUGGUGACGAUGCAUGUUAAUUGUUGCUCCAAAUUGAAGAGCAAGAUCCAUGAUAUGCAAAUGCACAUGGAGGAUUGGAAGAAUUAUGGGCGGAAGGAGUGA